UACGAAAUGUCCCAUUUUAUAAAUCAGUCGUGCAAAAAUUCACAUACCGUAUCCCUGCAUUAACUUGCAGUGGUAAUCUAAAACCACAAUCGAUCAGGAAGUUAUCUUUACGUCUGUCCAUUGUCGAAUGUUCGCGAGUUACGUGUAACUGCAAAUAGCCGGGAAUUUCCCUUUCAUGACCUGCUCAUUAAAGUUAGUUGGGCGUCAAAACAAAGUCGCAUUCAGCUGCCCUUGUUUACGACACUUGUAUCUUCCUUCUUUCAAGUCCUCAUCUGUGUUGUGAAGUUGGGUGCAAAGAAGAAAGAAUUGUUCGCUUCAUUAAGUCCGAAGAAGAUUAAAUCUCGAUGGCCUACCAUUUUUGCGUGGACUUAUCAACCGUCGAGGAUCGAUCUUCGGUCGCCGAGGGUGAAACCUGUAUAAUACAUGUACAAUUUCAUGGCACUGGUCGAAAUGACUACAAAGUUUAUCGAGAAAAGCUAGAAAACACUUUACUGACAGAGUACCUGAGACAAAUCGAGGGGCCAGACUUCAACCAGAAGCUAAUGAAGUUAACAUUUGAUAUCACGCCAGCCGACAAAGCGAACAGCUUCUGCAAAAGCGUUCUUGAAAGAGGGAUAUUCUGUCGUCAAUGUUCGUAUUUCUUCCUUGGCCACUCGGAUGAACAACUGAAGACAAAAUCCUGUUACUUGAUGAGAGCCACACAGGAAGAAAUUCUCAAGCUUUUGGCGAAGUUUGGUGACUUUCGUGAAGAGAAGGAAGUAGACAAGCGGGCAAGAAAUAUUGGAAUGCUUUUCUCGACAUUAAACAAAUUCGUGCCAUUAGAUACGCUCAAAUACAAAGUCCAGCCAGACAUUACAGGCGGUAUUACCGGAUCAUACACUUUCACUGAUGGAUGUGGAUUUAUGUCUCCGGAAUUCUCUUCCAAAGUACAGCUGACCCUCGAGCUUGAUUAUCAGCCCAGCGCCGUCCAAGUCCGCUAUCGAGGCAUCGAGGGCAUGCUGGUACUCAAAGAAGAUUUGGGCUAUUUUGAAGUGCUGUUCCACGACUCAAUGCAGAAAUUUGUCACCCCAAUUGAGAACAUGCCUGAACGGUUCAGCUUUGCUGAUGUUGUGGAUUAUUCCCGCCCUUACGUCAACGGAUACCUCGACACUCGAAUGGUCAUGCUUCUGGCUGACAGAGGAGUGUCCGCUCAAACCCUCAAAAACUUGCAGGCAGGCUACCAUGAAUUGUUAGAAGGCAUGGGCAAAGAGACUGCCGAGUAUUUCCUGCGCUUCAAAGGGGAAUUCCGUCUUCUGCAGGACAUUCAAGACAAAGGCAUUGACGGCACCAUAAAGAAGCGCUUGAAAUGUCUGAGAAAACAAGAACUGGAUGACAUGGAAAAAGCUGCCUACACGAGGAUUUUGGUUCCCGAGUCCCGCGUGGUGUUUGCUGUUUGCGAUCCUUACAACAAGCUGAAGUACGGAGAGUGCUACUUCAAUCCCACAAUGCCAAAGGAUGAAGCAAAGGUUUUUCCUGCAGGCCAGGAGUUUGUGGUGACACGAAACCCAUGUUACCACCCUGGGGACGUUCGUGUGUUGAAAAUGACGAAGGAAAAGCAAGGCUACGAGAAGCUCAGGGACUGUCUGGUGCUACCUGUCGAAGGCCCACGCCCUCACGCGUUUGAAUGUUUCGGUGGGAACUUGGCUGGAAACAAGUUCUUUGUCAGCUGGGAUAAAAAUCUCAUUCCAAGUGAAAAAAAGAACCCCUGCGAUUAUUCGCCGACAGUGGCGGCUCAAUUACGCCAGGCGUCAGCCAAAUCAGUGUCAAAGGCAUUGGAAAAGUUCAGAAAGGGCCACAUUAACAAGGAAUUGAAAUCACGAGAGGAAAUGCUGGAGUACUUCGCCACAUUCUCAGAUGAAAUUCCAAGGAUGAUUGAAGGAGAAUACAUGAAAUGUGCCACUGCCUUGGGCCCAUCAUCAAAGCAAUGCCGACAACUAAGCAAGUUGUUUUACCAAGCAGCAAGCUUGUGUGUGGAUAGUGGUAAGUUGCGAAAAGAGCUCGAGAAAAUGAAGCCGUCGAUAGAAUCAGCGUUGUUCUCGGGUUCACCAAAUGGCCAAGACGUAGACGACGCAAAUGAGUACUCAGACGUGGAAAGCCCAACCAGGCCCGACCAGGAAAGUUCAAGAAGAUCGUCAACACGUUCAGCAAGAUCGGCAGAACAGCGUCGCGCUAGAAAUGAGAUCUGGAAGGAAAUCGAUAAGAUAGCUAAAGACUUUGUUGAGGGAAUGCAACGUGAAAAUCAAAUGCGCGUCGUUUAGUCUUCCAAUCAGGAAGGGUUGCCUUUCUUCUCAGGGUGUGGUUUUACAGUUGCUUAGUUGCUAUGUCUCAUUGUUUAGCUGCGCCUUUAAUACAUCCCAGUCACGUCACCGAGACCAACAAGCUCAUAAGUUGUAGAGUUUGAGGUACUUUAUUCAACACUAGUUCUUUUCUUUUUUGGUUCUCGUGCGGUUCUAUUAAAGGUCGGCAAAAAAGCAGACAUAACUGAGGAAAACUAGAAACUUUUAAGAUCGAAAAUUAGCUCAGAAAAUAGCGUAGCCAGACAACAAGAGAAUCGAGAAUUUUUUAUUAUAUUCAUAGCUUAAGCAUUCAUGAUUUGAGAUCCUUAGCCAGAAAAAGCCGUCAAGCCCACUCUUCUCCGGAAAACUAUUAAGGAGUCGCUUGGCUUUCUUAAAAUAAUUGUGUAACAUUCAAAUUCAUAUGCAAACAGGAAUGGGUGUGUUACUGAUCGUGCCAGUGAUUUUUCGUAGACGAUUCAACACACUUAGGGAACGUCGACAUAAUCAAAAGUGAAAAGUCAGUAGAUAUUAGCUGAAGAGGCCGGAGCUUAACUCUGGUUUCAGUAGUUUUGGGAGAUCUUUUUUUACCUACAUGGGAUGUUAGGCUGGAAAAACUCUUCCAACAAACACAUUCCGCUUUUAUAUGUUAUACUUGGCUUAUGUAUAUCGAUAAUUUAUUAGCGGCUGUCUGAACUCAGGUAUUAUUAACACAACGUUGCCUGUGUUAUCUUUGUAAUAUGAACGAGGAACAGAGCCGAUUGUUUGCUGUUGACAUUUGAUCAUUGCCCAAAUUUGUGGGCGUUGCCUUUAUACGUGUAACGUUAGAUUCAGUCAAAUGAAAAAUAGAUAUCAGAGAAACGGAAAAUUAGCUUUAUAAUUUUAUCAUAUCGUCAGCCCUUUUUGUUUUUCUUUGCAAAGAUUAUAAUAUUGCAGACUUACGAAAUAUAGACAUAUGAUGUAAGCCAUUUAAAUGCCUCUUAAUAGCUAUAGGCCAUGUGGCUCUAUCUAUGGUUUUAGGGGUAGACCAUUUGACCUUUCAAGGGGCGUAGGCGAUACUUAAAAAAAAUUAUCCUGCAAGCUCACUUGUACCAAAAAAAUUCAAGUUCAAGGAUGCUUUUAGCAGGUUGUACUGUUUCUGUAGUAAACACUUGAAUAUGUCGCGAUGACAAGGUAUUCUUAUCAGUGAUGUGUUUGUUAUUUAGCUUUCGUAGCACGAGUUUGCGCUCAAUGUCACGCACCUGGGUCACGCUAGGCUGUGCUCGUCACACCACAUGACUCUGGUGUCAAUAGGAGUCGAGCAGGGAGCCCGGAAAACGGCUCAUAUUCAUUUCGUCUUCCCCCUCCCGCCCCUCUUGAAACAAAGCUACAAAGAUCACUGAAUAGUACGUAAAUCUUACAAGUCGACUAUGAACAAGAAACAUUUUCAGAAUCGCUGGAUCAUUUCUG